CGUCUGUAAUGUUGGCAGGAGUGACCAGAAUAAAAACAGCAACACCAGACAUAGAGGAGGAAAAAAGCAAAGUGAUCCAUUGAACCAGAGUCUUUGCCCUCUCUUAAUUACGCCGAGUCCCAUAUCUUUUCCCUUUUUUCACCUUUUCCCCCACUCUUAAAGACUUCGGGCUUGUGGUAAUUAGUUAGAAGAGAAUAAAACCAGCUGAUCGGGAGAGGGGUGGUGCAUUUUGGAGCGAGAUGGCUAACAGAAACAUUCUGUUGCUCUUCUGUGGACUCUUCCUCUUUGCACUGAUUCAGCCCUCUCUUCAAGGAGGUGUGUAUGUACCACCUGGUGCUGGGAUUGGACCAGGAGGCACUGGACCGGGAACUGGAUUCUUUCCAGGGUCUGCUGGAGGAGUCCCUGCGGGCUAUAAACCAGCUAAAGCUGCAGUAGGAGGUUAUGGAGGUGGAGGGCGUGGUGUGGGCCAAGCUGGUUUGGUGCCAGGAGGUGUUGGAGGACUGGGAGCAGGACAAGGUGGAAAAGCCCGUAAACCAGGUUACGGCAAUCUAGGAGUCGGUGGUCUUGGAGGUGGUGGCCUGGUACCUGGAGGCCAUGGAGGAGGUGGUUAUGGUGGAUAUGGUGGAGGCACUGGGGGCUUUUUCCCAGGAGCUGGACAAAAGGCUGCCAAAAGAGGUGCAGGAGGCCCUCUGCUGCCACAUGGAGGGACUGGAGGAACUGGGCUUGGGACAGGAGGAGGUCCUGGAGGCACAGGAACUGGAGCUGCUGUGCCUGCUGGAGUACCUGUUAUUCCUCAGACAGGCCUUCCAGGAGGGGCUGGUGGUGCUGCUGGAAAGAAAGCUGCCAAAGUGCCAGGUGUGGGUGUGCCUGGACUUUACCAAGGUGGACUGGUGCCAGGAAAAGGGUUUGGUGGACGCGGAGUUCUGCCUGGGGUAGCCACAGGCACUGACCUGAAUCCCAAAUCAAUUGGAGGGGGAGGACAAGGAGGUCAAGGACCAGGAGGCCGUGGAUAUGGUGGACCGAUGCAGCCAGGGGUGUUCCACGGAUACCCCCUCAAAUCACCCCUCAAAGUGCAAGGUGGCUAUGGAGCAAAACCUGGAGGUGGCAAACUACCUUUUGGUACUUUUGGUUACGGCGGCUUUGGUAAUGGUGGCACUGGACUGCCAGUAGGACAAGGGGGCCCUGGGUCAAGGCCUGGUUAUCCUGUCGGAACUGGAGUAGGGGCCGGGGGCAUCUCACCUGCUCAGGCUAAAGCUGCCAAAUAUGGUUUGGGUGGUGUUGGAGGUGUUGGUGGUGUUGGAGGUGUUGGUGGCACUGGUGGAUUGUAUCCAGGGCAGGUGCCAGGAGCAGGAUAUGGAGCUGGGUCCAAGGCUGCUAAAUAUGGAGGAGUACCGGGAGGAGUACCGGGAGGAGUACCCGGAGGUGUACCCGGAGGUGUACCCGGAGGAGUACCGGGAGGAGUACCGGGAGGAGUACCGGGAGGUGCACCACUUGGAGUACCAGGAGGAGUUCCAGGAUCACCAGUGUUUGGUGGAUAUUCACCAGCAGCUAAAGCUGCUAAAUAUGGACUAGGGGGGACAGGAGGACUGGGAGGCACAGGAGGACAAUUAGGAACAGGAGGAUAUGGAGGACUGGGAGGCACAGGAGGACAAUUAGGAACAGGAGGAUAUGGAGGACUGGGAGGCACAGGAGGACAAUUAGGAACAGGAGGAUAUGGAGGACUGGGAGGCACAGGAGGACAAUUAGGAACAGGAGGAUAUGGAGGAUAUUCUGCUGCUGCCAAAGCUGCUAAAUAUGGAGUAGGGGGACUGGGAGGCACAGCUGGACUAGGAGGAACAGGAGGACUGGGAGGAACAGCAGGACUGGGAGGAACAGGGGGGCUGGGAGGAACAGCGGGACUGGGAGGAACAGCAGGACUGGGAGGUGGAGGAUACUCUGCUGCUGCGAAAGCUGCUAAAUAUGGAGUAGGAGGCACAGGUGGACUAGGAGGAACAGGAGGACUGGGAGGAACAGGAGGAUUGGGAGGCACAGGAGGACUGGGAGGCACAGGUGGACUAGGAGGAUCAGGAGGACUGGGAGGCACAGGUGGACUAGGAGGAACAGGAGGACUGGGAGGUGGAGGAUACUCUGCUGCUGCUAAAGCUGCUAAAUAUGGUCCAGGUGGUGCAGGUGGAGGAGGAAUUCCUGGAAGAGUCCCAUUUUUACCAGGAUAUGGAUCCUUGGUGGCUGGUGCUAAACCUCCUAAAUAUGGAGUCCCAGGAGCAGGCCUGGGAGGAGGCGGAGUUCCAGGGGGAGGAGGACAGGUACUUCCUGGUGGCGGCGGCUAUGGUGGUUAUGGAGGUGGUGCUGGAGUCAAACCCCCGAAGUAUGGUGUUUCAGGAGGAGCCGGAGCAGGGUUAGGAACUGGAGGACUAGGGGGGGCAGGAGGAGUACCUGGUCUAGUACCAGGACUAGGAGGUGGACAAUACUCUGCUGCUGCGAAAGCUGCUAAAUAUGGAGGCGUCACUGGAGAAGGACUUGGUGGACCAGGAGCUACUCCAGAUACAGCUAUCAGUGGUAUUCCAGAUGGUUCUGCUGUUGUGGUACCAGAUGGUACAGGUGUUCCUGGAAAACCAGCAAAGGAUGCAGGUCUUGCGGGAACUCCUCAACCAGAGCCCACGCCUUUUGCUGCAAUUAGCCAAGCCCCAGAGGUCCCACUGCCCAGCGAUUUUGGUGGAAUUAUUCAGCCUAGUGCUGGCACUGGUGUUGGUGGAGUAGGUGUUGGACCCUCUGGUGUUGGUACAACAGGACAAGGUCAGCCUGGUGUUGGCACAGGUGGCAAAGCACCUAAACCAUUCAUUCCAGGUGGAGCAGGUGUUGGUCCAGGCGCAGGUGGAUAUCCCGACGGUGGAGGCUAUGGAGCCCCUUACGGUGUUGGUACCGGCACUGGAGCUGGAACGCUGCCUGGAGCGAAGCCUUUGAAACCUCCAGUGGGUGGAGCAGGAGGAGGAGCAGGAAUCCCUCUGGCUGCAGGAGGUUAUCAAGGGGGAUACAGGCCAUAUCAUCAUGGUUAUGGGCAGGGUGGGUUGACAUAUCCCUCUGCAGUUGGACUGGGAGGUGCUGGUGUUGGAGCUAAAGCACCCAAACCAGGCUACGGCAAUCUCGGAGGUGGAUAUCAGCCAGGUGUGGUUCCUGUGGCUCCUGGUUAUGGAGGAGGUUACCCCCAACAGUACUACCAAGGUGUAUAUGUACCGGCCCCACUGACUCCGCAACAAGCCAAAGCAGCCAAGUACGGUCCAUUGCAGGAUUUCUUUGGUGGUGCAGGAGGAGGAGGAGUCUACAGAGGUGGAGUUGCAGGAUGCCAGGGCAAAUACUGUGGGAGGAGGAAGUAGAGGAUCCCAGUGUGACCUCAAGAAACCAUGGUGCUACUGCAUGAUCUAGAAUGUACAUUUUAUAUGCAAACAAACCCCAUUAGAAAACGUGUAAAGGUGUUUUUUUCUUUUUACUUACUUGACUUCAACGUCUGUGUUUUUAUACAAACCCACCGACCCAGAAUUUUGUACACGUACUGAUGUGACGUAUGUUAUUGAUAGUGCCUUCACUCAUUAAUGUGGUCAAGUUAAUCAGCUUUAACUCCCCGUACUGCACCAUACAAAGAGUGUGUUUGUGUCACCAUGUGUUGUUCAUGUGCAUGAAUGUGUGUGUGCGUGUGUGUGUGUGUGUUUUUGUACUGUUGUGCGAAAGACUGUGUGAACCAUCGGCUGCCAUUGUGACCUAUGAAUGAUUUCCCUUUCGGUUUUAAUCCUAAAGCAAGGUGAUCUGUCCUUAGCGUUAAAGCCCACACUGUCCCACCUCGCCGUGCAGAGCGUCUCUGACAUGUCAGAGGGGUUUGGUUGGUCGAGGCUCGUCCAAAAACUGAUGAAAUCUGGCCAAUCUCAGCAUCGUUUCUGGCUCCCCGUCUUCUCCACUGCUAUUUUUAGACCUGCUGGGUAUAAAGCAGCGAGAAUCGGGGCUCCGGCCAACCCAUCUGCUCUCCGUAACUUUGCUGAUUCUAGUUGCUAUGCAGUUCAGUUUUCUCAGCAUUUUCAUUGUUGCCAAACUUGUGAUGUAUGGAGAGUAGCUUCUGCUCUGAGGAACGACAAUCAAAAAGUGUUUGAUUCAUUACAGGAUGUUUAAAAAAACAGUUUUAAGUUUCAAGUAGAUUCAAAUGUAGUUCAGAUGCUACUCUGGCAUGUACAUUAUGUAAGGAAGAAUGUUUAAUUAUGUGUCACUGUCCCAAAGACUGAGAUGGAGCGCUUCAGUCUGCUUCAAAUGUUAAGUCUCAUUGCAGCAGUUAUUUACAUUUAUGUAACUUGUUAUUCAAGAUUUUGUUUUGCACCAUGCUUUGACUCAUAGCUUUAUUGUUAUCAGGAAUGUGUGAACAUAAAACAAGAACAAUCAUUUGCUUUUGCAUUUAUUCACUGUUUAGAAUUGUAAUACAGAAUAAGACUUUGUUUAAUGGGUGUGUCUAUGUGAGGCAUAAGCUCCCCUUGUUCUUCAUUUACUUGAGCUGCUUUUAAAAAGGCUUACUGACCAAAGGUUCAUGAGCGCUGUUGCCAAGUGAUCUCUUUUUGUAAUUGUGUACUGUAUUUUGUACUAAUUUGAUGUUAGCUGGCUUCAGUUCCUUCAGUCGGUGCUCUUUAAGAACUGUCUUUGAGCCUCGCUGGGUCAGACCUUGUCUUUUGUGCCGUGGGAUACUCUUCAUCUUUAUUUAAAACUGUUUUUAUAAGGAGGAACAGUGUGGUUUUGCACUUUUUAUAUUUCCACGACACACAUGUGACUUGUUCCCGGAUAUCCCGGCAUUUUAUUUGCUUCAUUAAACAACAAAAUAAAAUGUGUUAAAAGAU